UCGGAGAGGUAUAAGAAAGGGUGUAGAGGAAAAGCACCAGGCACUCUGUUAUGACCGAGAGUCAGGACGGAUCUCUUAAACCAGUUUUGGAACUGAUGGAGCAGCUUGGAUGUCACCUUCACUAAAGUGUCUCUCCAGCUACUUAACCCACCAUUGAUGUAAAUGACUGUGUUUCAUGUGUUCAGCUCAGCGCAUUAAGAUUCUAUGUCAAGGGCUCCUUUAACGACGCAGCUUUUUAGGCUGUGAAACUGAGGGUGUGUUUGACAGAUCUCCAAAAUGGACAACAUCACAGCCGACGCUAACGUGGGACUCAAGCUCACGUGUAACAUGACCGGGCACCACAAUUUCAUCUUCACGUUCAUCCCAGUAGUCUACAGCUGCAACUUUAUCAUCGGAAUUGUAGGCAACAGCCUGGUAGUCACUGUCAUCUACUUCUGUUUGAAGCUGAAGACUGUUGCAAACAUAUUUGUUUUGAACUUAGCCGUGUCAGACUUGACCUUCCUCCUCACCCUGCCCAUUUGGGCCAUAUACACUGCAACAGGCUACGAGUGGCUCUUUGGAGACUUCCUAUGUAAAGCCAUUGCUGGUAUGGCCCUCCUUAAUCUAUAUACUAGUAUUUUUCUCCUCACUGCUCUCAGCAUUGACCGGUAUCUGGCCAUCGUUCAUCCCGUCAAGUCCCGCCGGUGCCGUACGGUGGUGUACGCCCGUGUGACGUGCGUCUUGGUUUGGGUAGUUGCUCUCCUUUUAAGCCUUCCCACAGCCGUUAUCCGUGGGACCCAUUUUAUCCAGCAUAACAAUGUCACUGUAUGCGCCAUCCUAGACGAAGAAGAUCUUCGCAAUGUGCUGGCAGCUCUCAGCCUGAUGAAGAGUGUUCUUGGGUUCCUUCUGCCCAUCACCAUCAUCCUCACGUGCUACUGCCUGAUUGGCCGGUCUCUGCUCAAAGCACGGGACAUUCAGAGGAAUUCGAGAUCGAAUGGGGACGAGGUGUUGAGCAUGCUGGCCGCCGCCGUGCUGUCGUUUUUCCUUUGCUGGACACCACAUCAGAUCUUCAACUUCAUGAACAUGCUUGGUCUGCUGAAAGUGAUCACCAACUGCGAUGUCAUUGAGAUCAUUGACACCGUAAUGCCGUUCACCAUUUGUAUUGCCUUUUUCAACAGCUGUAUGAACCCAAUCCUGUACGGUUUUGUCGGGAAGAACUUUCGCAGGAACUUGCUGAAGCUCUUGAGGUGUUCCUCGACUUCUGUGGCAUCUCACCCCACCCUCAGUACCAAGAUGAGCUCUCUCUCAUAUCAAGCCUCGGAGUCAUUACACCUCUCCGUCAAUAAAAUGUCCUCAAUACCUCAAGCCACAUGAGGAAAACAGAAAGGGUUAUAUAAUAUAUAUAUAUAUAUAUAUAUAUUGUGUUAAGUUAACUUUUCACCUUCCUCACCAAAGGACAAAAUCAUGCUGAAAAUACUAAAUAUGUUUUGUAUAAUAUUUCUAAUAUUUCACCCAUCUAAGCUGUUAAAGUGUCAUUGGUGCAAUUGAAAUGCUGUAUUUUCCACCAAUGUGAUAAAUGAAUGAAAUCUUCCUAAUUCUACACAUUUUUAUAGCAGUAUUUUUACUCUGAAAUGGGUUCCUGUGUCUCAUAGCUCCACUGAUUAGACCAGGGGUUUACAAACAUUAAUAUGCCACAUACCCCCAAAUAUGAUGAUCUCCUUCUGAGAGAGAUAUAAAAGGCAAUUCAUGGUUAUCUAUUUAUAAUUGAUAUAUAACUAAACGAUUUUUAUACAUUAACAUUAACAAGUUUUUAUAAACUGCAUUUUUUCUACACCCAUGUAAUUUAUAUUAUUGACAGCAAUGGGUAAUUAAUUCACUACGACAGUCUCAUGAUUUCUGACCAGUCUUUAGAACGCAAAAUGAAACAUUAAUAGUAUCAAGUUCUGUAAUUUUAUUUAUUUCAAUUGAUUUAAUUGACCAUUUGAACAUUUUUUUUCUCCCCUUGUGGCUCCCCGAGGGUCCCUGGACCCCAGUUUGAAAACCCCUGGAUUAGACUAUGGCAUGGGGUCUAACAAGACAUGGUAGUUUUCACACACUGUAUGUAGUGCUAUCAUAGUCAACACUGUUUAGUCUUGAUAUGAAAUGAAUUAUCAUCUGAUAAUUGUUUUAUUUUUCUUACACCACUGUGGUAAUUUAGCACUUCAA